GAAUGAGAAAUCAAAGAACUUCUCAUGUAAUCAACCUUUAUCUAACAUUAAUAGAGUCCUUUUAGAACAACAUAGUCCAUUAUGAGAGAUAGUCCCCAUACAUAAUUGGAUGAAUCUAGUAUUUCAACCAAUAGAGCUCCUCAAAAUAGAGAGUCAAUGAGAGCAAGAAUGAUGAUUAACUAAUCUCAUAAUAAUAUCCAAAAUUAAGGAUAAUAGAUCAGAAAAUAAAUUGCUAAUGAAAAAACAUUUUCAAAAGGAGGCAAUCCAAAUGAAUUUAAUCCAAAGAAAUUUAUAACCAAAGAUCUCAAGGCAUAUUAUAUCAAUUAAAUUAAUAGGAAUCAGAUAUUAUUGAUAUUAAGCAAGUUUUUGAUUACUAUGAUUCAGAAUAAGCAGGAAUCUUAUCUCCUAAUGAUUUAGAAUAAUUGUUAUUGAGUUUUGGAUAUCAUCCAACUAAAGAAACUUUGUAUGGUAAUUAAAUCAAUUAAUUAUAAAAUAGAGAUAUUUUCAGAAAUGGAUGAAGAUGAAUUAGGAGGUAUCACAUUUGAAUAUUUCUUGGCCAUUCUUAAUUAAGAUAAAUCAAAAUCAGAGAAAAAGGAUACAAUAAGAAGAGUUUAUAGAAAAUAUGAUAAAAGCAACAAAGGAUUCAUAACUUUACCAGAUCUAAGAUAAGUUGUUUAUAAAGAUUUAAAAGAGGACAUUGAUGAAGAAGUAUUGGCUGAAGUAAUAGAAUAAAUCUUAUAAUUAAGAUUUUUAGAAAGACUGACUCUAAUCAAGAUGGAAAAAUGACAUUUGAAGAUUUUUAUAAUGUAAUGACCAAAAAGGUGUAUUAUUGAUAUUAUUUAUCCGUACAUAUUUAAUUAUAAUGUCUUGUAUUAUAUAAUUAACCUAUAGAGCAAAACGAUCCUUAUCAUAGAGUAUUUUUCAAUUUAACAAGAUCCUACUAGAUAGUUGCCACAUAAAUUUACAUUACCCAAACUAUAUGUAGAUAGGUAAAGAGCAAUAUCACUUGACAGAUGUACCCAAAAUAAGAAACCUAUUUCGAAUUCACCUAAACCUCAUACUUAAUCUCCUAAAAUAAUUGCUAAAUCAGUACAAACAGAAUUUAAUCAUUUGAAAUUAUCCUUAUGUUCAAAAUAAUCUGUUGUUUUAGAAGGCAAUCAAUUUAAAAGUACAAUAAAUAGAAAACUCAAAUAAUUACCCAUAAAUUCUAAUGAUUUUUGUUACGCUGGUUUUAAAACUACUGACACAGAAUAUGAUGAUUUUUCUUUAGAAGCAUAUCUAAAACGAUAAUGA